AUGGCUGAAGUCGCUUCAACUUUUGACGAACCCGUCCAUAUCGCCGUAAUUGGCGGUACGGGGUUGAGCAAGAUUGAAGGGUUUGAGCCCGUUGCUUCCGUCAACCCCGAGACCCCCUGGGGAUUCCCCUCCUCGCCCAUCCUCAUCUGCCGUCACAAUGGCGUUCCAGUCGCAUUCCUUGCGCGCCAUGGGCAUCACCAUCAGUAUGCGCCUCACGAGGUUCCCGCGCGCGCCAACAUUGCCGCGCUUCGACACAUUGGCGUGCGCAGCAUCAUUGCCUUCUCGGCCGUAGGCUCCUUGAGGGAGGAGAUCAAGCCCAUGGAUUUCGUCGUCCCUGAUCAGGUCAUCGAUCGGACCAAGGGAAUCCGCCCGUUUACCUUCUUCGAGGGUGGCCUUGUGGGCCAUGUCGGAUUUGCGGACCCCUUCGACCACAAGCUCGCCGAAGUGGUGAAGAAGUGCGCCCACAGCUUGGAGGGAGAGGGCGUUGUCCUCCAUGAGAAGGGAACCAUUGUGGUCAUGGAGGGCCCCCAAUUCUCCACGAGGGCCGAGUCGAACCUUUACCGCACCUGGGGAGGCACCGUCAUCAACAUGUCUGCCCUCCCCGAGUCCAAACUCGCUCGUGAGGCCGAGAUUGGCUAUCAGAUGAUCUGCAUGGCUACCGACUAUGAUUGCUGGCACUCUACUGACGAUGUGGAUGUUGCCAUGGUGCUGAGGACCAUGGAGCACAAUGGCAAGAAUGCAAAGGCUCUCGUCGGAAGCGUGCUUGAUGAGCUCACCAAGCAGGACAACACUAGCACGGUACUAGCGACGCAUCUUGAGGGUAUGUCGGUUGGUGCAGUGGCUUUUAUGACCAAGCCGGAAGGAAGGAAUGCUGAGGCCUUGGAGCGAGUACGCUAUCUCUUCCCCAACUUCCUGAAGAACUAG